AUGGCCGAGUCGUCGUCGUACCAAACUUGCCAAAGCAACAAUGACGCGUCCUCCGUCGAGUCCGCCGCCGUCGAGUCGGGCACGCCCGUGAACCCGGAGCUGACUAAGACAUUGCAGACGCAUGCCCUGCUCGAGUACGUCUUCAACAUUCGGUGGGUCAAAUUGGCUGAGUCCAGCGCCGCCACGGAAUGCUUCGGUAAGACCAAGGGUUGA